AUGCAAAACGCGGCACCGAUAGCCGGGCAGCCCUUAGGAGGGUCCCCUCGACGGCCCGGGCUGCCAGCUUGGCCGCCGCCUCCGACCGGCGGUUCUCCUGCGCGAGGUUCCAGCCCCGGGCGACUUCGCACGCCUUCGCCGCUCAGGCCCUCUAUAGACGUGCGCUCCGGCUCGCCGCCGCGUCCACCACUGGUAGCACCAGGGGUGCCGGUUACGCCUUCGCCGCACUUGCGGGCUGCCCCACCCGCUGGCGUUCAGCUACCGUCCGGCUGGUCGCCGGCUCGGCCGAUCCCCGUGGAUCAGAAUGUUCCUCCACCUCCGAAGCCUGGUGCCUCGCCGUCGGCGGGUCUGCCGAAAGUAGCACCGUUCGCCGGACCGCCUGCAGCCGAAGCGGCACCGCAAGUCGUGCCGCCGUCGGCAACAUCUGUGCCUGCAGUUGAGCCAGUGCUGCCAUCGCUAGAGCCUGAUACUGCCCCAGGCGUACCUUUGGGCGUUCCGCAUACUCCACCGAGCGCUGCACCCCAAGCUCCGGCACCAGCAGCGACUACUUUUCCACCCGCCGAAGGCUCGGGUUUUCCAGCAACGGCAAGCGAUAACUUGGUUCCUGCGCUGUCUGCUGACAGCGGCGUGUCUCCCAGCGCAUCUGGUGCCUCGGCCACGUCUGCUGGCGCUAAAUCGAGUGAAACGAGGGCUCCAAACGGUUUGGGCGGGGACGCACUCAUCCUCAACAAACUGACUGAAAUUCAAGACCUGCUGACGAAAAAUGCCGCCGAAGUGGCCGAAGCCACGCGGAGGCAGAUGCCACUCCCACGAUACAGGUUCGCGUUCGGACCGCCAUUUUCAGACCGGACGGACGCAUCGAAGAAGUACUGGUCUUCUCUGUGCGCGGAAACCCCGGUAACCCAGGCGCAACCGCCCAUGCAUUUUCCACCUACCACUGUGACCAUACUGACAACGCCAGACCCACCACCCAUGCCUCCGCCUGAAAAGCCUGCAACAGAAAAGAAAAGUCGCACAACGCCCCCAGAGCCACGUUUAUCGCGCGAAAAAGUUUACGUCGAGGAAACCGAGGAACACGCCAGCACUGAAGAGAGCUACAAGGGGCGGCGGCGCUUCAUCAGAGACCGGCACUUUAGGCAGACUGAUGAAGAGGAUGAGGAAGAUAACGGUGAUGAGGAUAGUGAAGACGAAGAUGAGGACGAAGAAGGUGAGGAAGAAGAUUACGACUACAACGCAUUCAAAGGACGGGCUAGUCGCAAUCGUCGUUGCUCAUACCAGCGUAGGCUGCAGCCAAAGGCCGAGAGACGACAGCCCACAGCAGCUCCCCUCAUGAUGGGAAGGUACUUGGAGCCGCCUACACCAGCGAUUGGUACGUACCGAGCGCCUUCGCCGUACUAUAUGCACCACCAGGCUCAGGCACCCAUGGUGAACUUCUACCAGCCGAGUCCACCGAUGGGAGCCAUGUUCCCUCCACCAGACGGCUACCAGCCUCCGGCCCCGAUGAUGCAGCCUCCUCCACCUAUGCCUGCCUAUCCUCAGGAACAACCUCGCAUGUGGACAAACCACCAGCAGUGGCCGCAGCCAACCAGCGCGCCGCCGGAGAGCAGCUUCCCGGAGAUUGGCAUUGUACACAGGGAGGAGCGGAUCGAGUACGAAUGCGCCUCGGGCCAGACGUGCCAGGUGCGAACCGACAACCGCACGACUGUCUCGGCUGACUCCGGCUUCGUGAACAGGACACCCGCACAGGAACACGCUGCCCACGGCGACGGGCGAGUUCCCUGUCUGUCUAGACAGCCAGCAAGGAGUGAAAUCACCGCCCUACCAAAGACAGUGACAAAAACUCCAGAGAAAGAAAAGCGGCUGCAGUUGACUCCCAAUGUAGCUUUGAAGAUUGCCAGGGAUGUGGAAGAAAACAACGUGACCACCCCUCCGGGGGACAAGAGAAAAGAAGUUGAAAUCAAGAUUACAGAACAAGUUGUAAUAGCAAUGAAGGAUGACGACGAAACAGAAAUGGCCGAGGAAAACACUGCGGGAAGUUGCACACAGGUGAAAGUCGAAACUCCAGCCGUCGUCGUUGAGGCUAGAAGUGAGAUUGAGCUUCAAGCAGAAAGUGCUUCUAUGCCGGUCGCACAGAAAGGAGGCGGCAAAUCUCCGGACUCGUCCGACUCGUCAGACUCGUCGGAGUCUUCGGAAGGCUCGUACGAGCUACCGGUAAAGCACCAAAGGCCAUUGCCACCUGUCAAGCGCAAGCGCGGUCAAGAUGCACGGCUUCAGCGAUUAAUAAAGCUAGAGAGACUGCUUAGAGAGAAGAUGGCGAAAAAUCCUGAGCUCCGUAAGAUGCUGCCGGAAGAAGUGUUCCUCACCAAGGACGAGACGGCGCGAAUACAGGAGCGCCAGGAGCGUGAAGCCACGGCUGCUGCUGUUCAGCAGCGAGACGAAGCGGCCCAGACGAUGGACGCAGCGCAGGCCGACAUAAACAGGCUGCUGCAACUCGAAGCGGAUCUCAAGGCAGAACUGGCGAAGCUGCAAUGCGCACGGAGGGAGCCGCUUUCGGGCAGGGCAAUGGUCGAGGAUGGCCGUGAAAAACUCAAGAGCAUCGCUGAGGCUACUCUUAUUGACCGCGCCGUUUUCGAGACACCGAAAAAAGAGCGAGUUACGAUGCGGGAUUUAGCGGUGGGUGUUCAUUAUGACGUCAUGGAGUCUCCAGGUCCCCCUCCUCCGUCACCGGAGCCUGGAUGUGAAGAUUACAACGCGACCACCUGCCCGCGUCCACGUUUUCAACAAAGGCUCGAAGCGGUUUUCAACUCGUGUGCCUGCGUCAAGCAAGGUUUCAAACCGCCUUCCGUCGACCAAAGCAACUACAAGAUCAUCGACCCGGGCAGCGACAACAAUUAG